UUUGACUUAGGUUUAGGGCAUAAAGGUGAACUGGUAAGUGUUMGGCCAACAUAUGCAUAUGAUCAAUUGCUUCUGCCAAAAUUAGCUAUUUAUGCUUCUCCUUAUAAUUUGGAUCGUAUGAAAAAUAAUUUAUACCAAACCAAAGAUGAAGAAAAACCUAGUUCUAUUCAUGCUCUUCAAACUGCGAAAUAUUUGAAAAAAAUGGUUGUAAGUGUAAGCAUGAAUAAAGAUGAGCCUUGGACAAUCGAACCAUGGCAUAUAAGAGUAUCACUACGAAAAAUGAAUGUACACGUAUUAAGUGAUGAUUCAAUUGAAUUGCCAGAACGCCCAAUUAGUGGACCUGAUUUUACUUUGGAAGGAAAAUCCUUUGUUGUGUACAUUACUAUAAAUAAGAAAGAAAAAGUGCCAGUGGAAUGUAACCUUCAUCAUUGGAGUACUAAACUUGCAGAUCGAUUACCUCGAACAAAAUUCUAUGAAAGAACUCCAAUAUCCAUUUUYCCUGAGCAGACUGAACUUUUAAUGUCAAUGAGAGGAAAUACAAAUAAUGAUUAAAUUUGUUUAGUUUAAUUUGCUAGUAGUGUCUAAUAUAUUUAAUUUUAAAUGAAUAAU